AUGAAGAAUAAUAAAUUAUUAAAUGUAAAAAUUGGGAAACGGAUUGUCGUAGGAACAUAUGCUUUUCCUCUAAACCCAGCAGAAAAAAAGAGAUAUGGUUCCAUGACUCAUAGGUGGGUCUGUCUCCUUAGAUCUCCUGACGAUGAAAAUAUGACUCAUUACAUUAAAAAGGUCCAAUUCGAUCUGGAUCCAUCAUUUCUAAACCCCAAGAGAGUAUUCACUGCUAUGCCUUACGAGGUAACUGAAGUUGGUUGGGGAGAAUUUUAUAUCGGAGUCAAGAUUGUUUUUGUUGAUGAUACUCUGGAGCCUGUGCAAUUGCAACAUCUAUUAAGGCUGAAUCCUACGGAUGGAAGUAAUGUAAUAACUACUGCUGUAAACGAAACAUUUGACGAAAUUAUUUUUAACGAACCGAAUGAAUGGUUCUAUGAGAAGCUUAUAAAAAGUUCACGUGAUAAGCUCUUACCUAACAAAUAUAAAGAAUACUUUUGGAACAUCGAACAUAAGGAAAAGGAGACGAUGUGCCGUUAUAUAUGCAGUCAAUCAUACUUUCAGAAUGAAACCUACCGACUGUUGGCUGAGGCGUCCGAACUUAUCAAACAAAUACAAUAUUUACAAGAACAGUCACAACUUGGUCAAACCAAGUCACCCGCUCUUGCUAUUAAGGAUAAAAUGUUUAAUAAGUUUGUAAACACCAUGGUAAUGCCACAACCUAACCAAGGAGUAAUGCAGGCACCAAUUCAAAAGGAACACGGAUUCAUGGAUUUACAACAAAAACAACUUACAAUUCCUGGAAUUCCACCUUUAAUGGAGCCAAAACUAGAUUUUUCUGAGCAAAAAGGUCAGAACAUGACUAUGGCACCAAUCACUCCACACGAUAGAGACAUCUCAUUCUCUGACAGAUCGCAGCACCCUCCAAAAUAA